GUGUUUCUGCUGGCGAUGCUGAUUGAAUAUGAGGAGAAGAGAUACCAUCUACAAGACCUCAGUGGCCACGUACGCUGCGAUCUGGAAUACGCCGAGACCACCACCGGCAUGUUUACAGAGCAGUGCAUAGUGCUUGCAGAAGGUGUGUACGCAAACAACAUCUUUCACGUCAAAGUACUUGCUCAUCCACCACCCGAGAAGGCUUCGGUUACCAGAGACAUAUUCAGAGACAUCGACCUCUUCGGCGGAGAGAGGCACCGCAAGGAGUUGGACAAGUUGGCGGUCAAGGAGAAGACACUGGAGAACACCUUCUUUGUAAUCCUGUCGGAUGUUUGGCUAGACAACGAGUCGGUGCGAACCAAGCUGAAGGAUCUGUUUGCCGGGUACAUGCACGCAGUUCCCGAUGCCUUCAUCUUCAUUGGCAGCUUCAGUGAGAAGACGUAUGGCGCCGACCACCCUAGACGCGUGCGAGAGGGAUUGAGUAACCUGGGUAGCAUGAUCCGUCAGCACCAGAGCCUGAUCAACGUUCCCUGCAUAUUCGUCCCGUCUGCGGCAGACCCACCCGGCGGCGAUCUAUUGCCGCGCAAACCACUACCACCGGCAAUUACUAAGGAUAUACGGGAAAAGCUACCGAACUGCCGAUUUGUCAGUAAUCCUUGUAGGAUACGAUGGUACUCCCAGGAGAUUGUAAUAUAUAGAGAGGAUGUCACAGCCAAAAUGCAGCGUCACUGUUUAGUGCCACUCGACACGAGGGAAACGGACGCUGUGCACAAACACCUGGUGCGUACGUUGAUGGAUCAAGCACACCUGUCCCCACUGCCAGGUAGACUACGACCCCUGCAGAUAGGCUAUGAGCAUACAAUGCGCCUGUACCCGCACCCCGAUGUGCUUAUAAUAGCGGAUAAACAUGAGAGCUACGAUAUACACUACGAAGAUGCGUUAUGUUUCAAUCCCGGCUCUUUCUAUCAAUCUGGAUUUUCAUUUGUAGCCUACUGGCCUGCCGCAAAAACGGUGGAACCGUCGAGUUUGAGUUGA